GCAGGGGUCAUGGGCCAGGAGGGUUCUGCCCUCGCUGGUUCCUUGGCUAAUGAUUACCCAAGCUCGGCACGGGCAGAUCCCAGCCUCUCCCACCGCUUCCUACAGCUCCAGCAGCAGCUCAGCCUUCGCCCCAGCAGGGUAAAAGAGUGCCGGGAAUGUUGGGGUGGGGGGUGGCUGGGGGGGGGGAUGGGAAUUGGAGCCCAUUCCUGGGAGCUUCAGACCUCGAGGGCAUGCGGAAGAGCUGCCUGGUGGCGCUGCUCCCGCCAUGGUGGAGGUGACGGUGACGCCGCGGUGCUCCCUGGCCGACCGGCCGGUGCGGGUGCGGGUGCGGGGACUGCGCCCCGGCCAGGCCGUCACGCUGCGGGCACGGCUGGCGGACGAGCAGGGCGAGGAGUUCCAGUCCCGGGCGUUCUUCCGCGCCAGCCAGACGGGUGAGGUGGACCCCGGGUGCCACCCGGCGCUGGGCGGCAGCUACUCGGGCGUCUGGCCCAUGGGGCUCUUCUGGUUCCUGCAGCCCAACACCCCCUUCCGACGGCUGAUCAAGCGGGACGUGGCUGGCAGCCCCUUCCUCGUCCACCUGGAGGUCUUCGACGGCAUCGAGCUGGGCAGCCAGCCCCGGGAGCGGCCGCUGGCCUCCUGCCGGGCCGAGCGGUGGUACAUGAGCCGCGGCGUGCAGAGGGUGCCCGUCAGGGAGGGCAGGGUCCGCGGGGCGCUCUUCCUGCCAGCCGGAGCGGGACCCUUCCCCGGGGUGAUUGACCUGUUCGGGGGUGCCGGUGGCCUGAUCGAGUUCCGUGCGGGGCUGCUGGCCAGCAGGGGCUUUGCCGCGCUGGCCUUGGCCUUCUUUGCCUACGACGACCUGCCCCAGAUGCUGGCCCAGCUCGACCUGAGCUAUUUCGAAGAGGCAGCCGAGAUGCUCCUCCGGCACCCCAAGGUGCGAGGCCCUGGCUUGGGAGUCGUCGGCGUCUCCAAAGGAGCAGAAGUGGCCCUGUCCAUGGCCACCUUCCUCCCACAGGUGGUGGCCACGGUGUGGAUCAAUGGCACAUCCUCCCUCCAUGGCAACCCCCUGGUCUAUAAGGACGACCUCCUCAUCCCACCCAUCCCCUACUGCAUCGAGCGAAUACUCUUCACGGAGCUGGGGGCCAUGGACAACUCUGCCAUCUUCUCCGACCCUCGGGACCCUGCCUACAGCAUCUCAGCCAUCCCCACCCAGAAGAUCCGAGGGAAGGUCCUCUUUGUGGUGGGGGAGGCUGACCGUAGCUUCAACAGCAAGCUCUUUGCUGAGCUGGCCAUGGCACGGAUGCCGCCCGAGAACUGCCGCCUCCUCUCCUACCCUGGGGCUGGGCACUUGAUUGAGCCUCCUGGGUCACCCCUCUGCAGCAUCUCCAGCAUUCGGGGCAGCCCCAGACCACUGGUGUGGGGAGGGGAAGCCCAACCUCAUGCCAAAGCCCAGGAACACUCAUGGCAGGAGAUUGUCCGCUUCUUGGAGCUCCAUUUGGGGUCUGUCAUCCCCACGAAGCUGUGAUGGGUGGAAGGGUCUGAGGCUGCCUCGGGGGUUUGUCCCAGCCACUCUAUAAUAAAGGGCAGUGCUCCUGUGCAA